GCAUACCAUGAAGAUUAGUGUUAAGCGCAGCCGUGCGCCCGAAUUCAUCUUGUUACGCGAGUCUGCGUGCAGGGGAAAGCUCCGGCGUGAUUUCUAUGCAUUGCAUUGAUUGAAAGGCUGCGACUGGAAGGGGGUAGGUAACAGGUCUGCCACCGAGGAGCGUGCGGGUUCAUAGUCUGCGUGUAGAGAGCGCAGGCGUUUGCGUAAUUAUCUUCACAGUGUCGUCUUCACCAGAUGAUGCUCAAGUCCGCAGUGGUGAGCAUUACUGUUUAUAAUAUUGUCCUAUAGAUAAUAUUUAUUAGUGACAGACUAGACCGUUGAUAGUGUGUGUGUGUAUCUAUGUGUGUGUGUGUCCAGCCUGCUCCAAGACCAGUUUGAGGAUGAGGCUGCUCAUCUGGCAGCAGGUGGUGUGACAUGUGGGCAGCAAGUCACUCGCUUCCCCCCGUGAUUGUCAAUAGUUUCGUAAGGUGCUAGUCCCGGACAUAAUAGGUGAGAAAAGUGCUCUGUUGCUGCUGCCGCUGCCGGUGCGCCGCUGCUCUCCGUGACACCGAGUCGGGAUGCUCCGCCAAUCGCCUCACCUCAUCGGAGGCAUCUUGUGGAUCCAGAACCCAAUGAGAGCUGUUCACUGCAAUCUGAGCCAGAAUGGGAUCGAUCACCAGAUGUGCCCUGAGGACGUGACGUCACAGCUGGAGGAAGAGGAGGAGUCCGUGGAGCAGGGGGCUGUGCUGCUGGAUGACGACAGCCCAGGCUACCAGGACAUCAGCCCCCCCGCCUACCAGCGCCGCUCCCCGCCACACCGCUCCGUCUCCGAGUCCGAGCUGACACGGCCGGGGUAUGUGAAGCUGUCGAAGCCAGUGGCCCUGUGGACCCAGCAGGAUGUGUGCAAAUGGCUGAAGAAGCACUGCCCCAAUCAGCACCAGAUCUACAGCGACUCAUUCAAGCAGCAUGACAUCACAGGGCGGGCUCUGAUGAGAUUGACGGACAGAAAGCUGGAGCGAAUGGGCAUCAUGCAGGAAGCCCAGAGGCAGCACAUCCUGCAGCAGGUCCUGCAGCUUCGCGUCCGGGAGGAAGUCAGGACGCUUCAACUACUUACACAAGCCUCUCUGGAGUGCACUCCGUCUUCACCAUAGCCCGACUGAGCGGGACAGACCAGUCACAACAGGACCUAGACGCCCUCCAACCUGCCAACUUCUCUCUCUGGACCAAUCACAGCCCUCCAUUUGCGACCUCCGAUCCCCCCGGCUUCAGCUUCCCCGACAACUCUUAUCUGGAAGACAUUUAUGCCUCCGCUCCAGAAAAGCCCCGAGGCCGUUCCCACAGUUGCUGUUUCCUAAUUGUCCAAAUAAUUCCUCACGUUUCCUGGAAUCUGACCAAUAGUUUCCAUUACAAGUAUCCCAUCGCAAGUCAUUGGCGACCUUUCCAGCAUAUCUCUCCAGCAGACCUCUCACGCCAUUCCUCCUCCUACACUUGUCAGACUCUCCCUCAAGAACCACGCCAACGGCCAAGCCCUCGCAACACCCAUCCUCCCAGAAUUCCACAUUCAUCAACAGCUGUAGCCUCGAGGAGCCCGGCUGGUUUUCCCUAAAAGCGCCGAAACACCAGAAUAAUCUCUGCACCAUUUUCUCGCAAUUGAGGAAAAUGGAUGUGUGUGCGGAUUUGCUUUUUCAGGGAAUUCAGUCUGGGACAAGUUGUUAACAUAAAGGUCAUGUCCACGCUAAGCGGGGUGAAUUUGAAAACCAUUUUGGUGUCCCAUCCUGAACUGCUCCACAUCUGCAAUGUGAGACUGUUUUCCUCACGUCCACACUGAAAGGUCACCUACUGAGCAUGCUCGAUAAGAGACUGCAGAUUAAAUCGUGUGACAAUCACGUGUUAGAGUUUUGUUUAUUAAAAAAAAACAAAAAAAAACUCCCAAUCGACACUACAACAUCAGACUGGUCUUUUCAACUGUAAAAAUCAUUUUCGCAGGUGGAAAAUGUCAGUGUGGUGCGGACAGAAGGCCAAAACCAAGGGGGGAAUAGAUGUUUUCAAAUUCACCCGGCUUAGGCCCUGAUUUACUAAAGCUUUUACCACGUGCAAACACUUUGGCUGUGCGUGAAACCAAUAACAAAAACCCUGAUGGGUCAAAUACGUCUUAAUACUGACUUUGAACCUUAAAAAGUUGUGGUAAAUUUGGUCUUACUCUGGAAAUGGCCUUAGUGAUUGACACCCGUAAUCCAUUUCUACGGUCUCUCGCUCCGCUCCUCCUACAGCCUCUUGGUCUCAGUUUGUGGUGUGUUAGCUCCUUCAUUGUAGCACUUUACUGCGUGUUUUCUCCUUUGAGUGCCCUUGUGGUGCACUAUUGAGCCUCUGUCCUCCUAAGGACUUUUCGCCGUGGCUCCAUAAUGACUUUAGGUCCACCAGACCGCCACUGCACCUCCACUCCCCUCUUUCUCCCCUCACUGACUAUAGUCCAACAACAGCAAGGGGGUGACACAUUUUACACAUCCAUGUUUGUGUCGUGUGUGCUCUGUCUGUCUCUCUCUCUCCAUUUUGUGCAUAGAUUGUGAAAACUGUUUGGGCUUGCCGGGUACAAUAUCCAUUUCUUUCCCCUCACUCUGUCUCUCGUCUGUUCUUCACUUUUUGCCCUCUUGAUAGUGUGGAUUGCUCUCCUCUAGAGUAGAUAACAAGCCCGUGUCCAUUCGAGAGAACUUCACUGUGAAAACAGCCAGCAGUUAGUAGGGGAAUAAACAUUAAACCUGGCAACACAUUAGAUACGCUUAAGUUGGCUGCAGAAAAUGAAAUACGCGUCGUCAUGAAAUGCAAUCUAAAGGAGAUGAAGCAGAGGCUGAAAAGAGAUGAACUGUGGGAAGGAAAUUCCCUUGGUGACCUUAAAAGCACUGUGUAUAUAGGUAAACUGAUCUGGCAACCCAAAAGGGGACGGCUGAGGAAAGGAGCAUGCGAUGCAAAAAGGGCUCGUGAACCGAGGAGCGCUUUGACGUGUGAUUCUCCACGACUGAUGAAGGGAGAAAAAGAAGAAAAGACAUCACAGACGACGCAGAAGAUCCUCUUCGUUUUCUCCCCUCCUUCGCUUGUCUCUCUCUUUCUCUGCUUUUCAUCUCCCUGCUCGAAACUAUUUUUAGACGGGAUAUAUUGAAAAUAGUGUAGCGCGGCACAUCGCCUAUGUGCCGUGUGCAAAAGCUCAUGAAAAUGUCUGUCUGUUAGAGAGAUACAGUGCAUCCUAUUUAUCUCUGGUGACAAACUCCAAUCUCUGCUGUUAAUGUGAAUAAUGGCCACUCACUGUUGAUACUGUUCUAGAUAUUUUAACUGUACUGAGAAGCACAUGUAUCUGUUAUGAAACACAAACUCUGUUACUCGGGUCAUUUAUGCCACUAUGUCUGUGAGUGUGUGUACAUUUUGAAAUCCUGUAGCCCGUGCGAUGACCUUCCGACAUCAACUCAGCGUGCUUGCGUGAUAUUUAGCGAAAUUAUAUCCACAACGGUGUAGCAUGAGCGUUGUCAAGGUAACAGCAGCCUCCUUUCCCGGAUGGGAGCAAACCGCUGUCAAUCAGAGGAACAUAAAAUUGCUCAGAGAGGGAACGGGGGUCAGCAUCGGGUUCCAGCCCUUGAGAGCCAUUGGCUUUUAAUGGGAUUCCAUUUGUACACGAAUCCCUCUGUGUCCAGCCAUUCAUUGUUUGGAUAGCCGCUGUAGCCUAAUGCGGCACAGACCCGCUAGCAGAUUGAAUAGUAUUGAUCAGUUCUUCAGGACAUGCAGUCGGUCCACCAGGAUUACAAAGGCCCCAUCCUUUGCUCUCAAGAGAUGAGUGUGUGUCCGUGUCUGCAUCCUGUUCUGUGUGUGUGUGUGCGCGUAUGCGUGUGUGUGUGUUUUGCGGAGGUAGGGUUUGCUGCCACAGUGAUAGUCACAUAGGAACUAGAGUUGUUCGGGCUAAAACACAAGUGGCUAUUUCACGGUUGGGUUGAAAUGCAGUGUCAGUGUCUGUCAAGGCCACAAGGGGGGCUGCGGCUUCCCUCUACUUUGGGACGCUCCGCUCCUCAAUUUCAGAUUGGGAACUCGAUAUGUGAACUGGAAGGAGUGACACGCCGUGGUUUUCAUUAGUGAUUUGCAGACACCGAUCUCCAAGACCAGAGAUUAUACCCAAAACUAAUAAUAAUAAUCUGAUGGCAAAUGCUCUGAGCAACAUGUCAGAGAUGAAAAACUUUUGGCACACAGAUACCUCUAUCAUGUGGUGGGAAAAAGAUUUUAUCCAAAUUAUUUAGUCCAGUGAUCCCAGAUUAAAGGUCGCAGGUAAUUGAUUUAUCCACGGGUAACUGUGGACACUUAAAGGAAUAGUUCACCCAAAACUGGAAGUUGUGUUUAUUUAUUCACCAUAAUGUCACAGUGUAGAGACACUUGUGAAUUUUGCAUGUACACACAAAACACAGCAAGGCUCACGCAGCACCAUGGCAGCCUUCCCCAGAACAAAGACAGUGAAUGGGGAUUGCUGAUUUUGGAGUUCCUGAAAGGGCAAAAAAAAAAAAAAAAAGCUCAUAAAAUUAUUCAAAGUGUUCUGAAACCAAACAACUGCACUCCAAAGUCCAGUAUUCACCAUCAUUAUCUCUUAGGUUUUCUGCAGCUGUUCCUGUAAAGGUUUCAUACUCCGUAUCGGUAUCAGCACUGACAAAAUGGUAUCAUUCCUUGUUUUUCACCAAGCAUCAAGAGUCAUUUUGUAUCGAUUUUGAGUGUGUCUGUGAGAACGGGCUUCAUUUAUACAAAUGAUCUCUGACUAGAGUGCUUGACUUCAUAACACAGUGCUCUCAAUCAGUAUAAUGAAAAAAAAAGUGAAAAUGAAAAUUGUGAAGUGGUAGCAUCCAUAUCUUAGAUAAUAAUAGAAAUUAGUUUUAGCUUUUGGGGGUGUCACAGGAAAUUGGAGAAAUUCUGUGUAAUCUCUCUCUCUCUCUCUCUCUCUCUCUCUCUCUGGAACCAAGAUAAUGUUUUUUUCAGCAACAGCAGCUUUGACUUGGAUUGGGCUGUAAACACAAUAUUUGUGCAUAAGAACUUGAUGUAGCUGAGAUCAUGAAUUUUAAAACUGCGGUCGGAAAAGACCACAUGACUGGCCUUUUGUGUUAGGAGCGAUCUACUUGCAUUGGAUUUCAUCAUCAUAUUUUUGAGGGUGACUGAAAAAAAAAAAAAAACUAGUCUGGCUUUGUAUUCUCUGUAAUUCUACAGUUUCAAAUGACUGUCAAGGGGGAAUUAUUGAAAACCGUUGUAACAGAAUGUAUUACUUUGCUCUCAAAGCUUUUUUCUUUUAUGUAUUUUGCUUUUUCGUGCAGACAGCCCAUAUCCUCAUCUCUUAAACUUUGGGUCAGAACACAAAAUGGCUCGCAGGCUUUCUCUCUAUUGUGUCGCUACAUGACAAAUGCAGCCACAUGGUUUCGUGAGCUAGGGUCCCCGCAUGAGUCCUCGUUUCUCAUAUCGGGUCCCAACCUGAAAAAAAAAAAUGUAAUAACCCUGGUGCGGACUGAGAAAUAUUGAUUAUUUAUUGUUGCCCUCCAAAGUCUGAGUUCCAUACGGGCAAGAUUUUGCUCCAAAUGGCUUGAGGAAGACUUUCCACACUGUUGCUGGUUCUGUCAUCCUGGUGUAACCAACUCACGCUCUGGCAGCGGUGCCAAGGUGUCCGAGGGCUUGCCUGAACUGGCUCACCCCGCAAUCUCCCCGUCCCUGUAGGGGGUUUCUAAGGCACUCAGCCACACUGAUACACAGAGCACUGUUACACAAAAGGAGUGCCAGACCGAACCUCACACAGCGUUAUUGCACAAGGAAUCCCACAAGCGUUGGCGCACAUGUUAAAAUACACACAGGCUCAGAAUUUGUGUGUACCGCACACAUACACACACACACACACACACACAUACAAACACUGCAUACACACACAGGCACACAAAUUACACACACCACUGAAUUUACAGUGAACACAGUCACAGCCGUUUCAUACAAAUGAUGCAUAAACUCACCUAGGAGCAAACACUUUAAGCAACACCACAAAACAAAAUCUAAAUAUACAGUUUUUCUUUUCCUUUUCUGUCCAUAUUGACAGCAUGUUUUGAUUCUGUUCUGGGUGUUUUGUAACCAACAGGCAUGCAGACCCAGUCUCUACUCCCCUCUAUCUACAUAUAAGGUGCCUAAUGAAGGAUCUCAAUGAUAAUAAUGAUAUUAUGAUGAGUAUAUAUAUAAAUAUAUAUAUAUAUAUAAAUAAACCAGUUAAUCGAAUUAA